GAGCGCGCGCUGUGUCGCCUCAUCGUAGUCGUCGCCUGGUGAGCGGCGAGGCGACGCUCCGCUGUCCGCCCCGCCCCUGCUCCAGUGCUCCGGGACCCGACGCCUGAUUUGUUUUUUUUCGCCCGCGAGGACACGUUCUCGGGUGUACUGCUUCGUGUCCCCUCCUCCCGGUGGGUGUCGUCCAGUGGUGACCCGGGAGGGACCCGACACGGGUGAUGUCGGAGGGGCAGCAAGAAGCCUCCGGGUGGGGCUGGGACAGUGCGUGGCUCCUGCUCCUGAACGCGGGGCUUGUGGCGGCGCUAGUGUAUGGGGCCUGGCGGGUGUACGCGCGCUGGAGAGGGAGCGCCACCCGAGAAGCCAACACGUUACCCCGCAUGAAGAGACGAGACUUCGCCCUGCAGCAGUUACGGGACUACGACGGGACCAAAAACCCGCGCAUCCUGCUGGCUGUCAACGGGAAGGUGUUCGACGUGACAGAGGGCAGCAAGUUCUACGGGCCUGAUGGACCGUAUGGGAUAUUUGCUGGUCGAGAUGCCUCCAGGGGACUUGCAACUUUUUGUCUUGAUAAAGAGGCACUACGAGAUGAAUACGACGACUUGUCAGACCUCAAUGCUGUACAAAUGGAAAGCGUUCGAGAGUGGGAGAUGCAGUUCAAAGAAAAGUAUGAAUAUGUUGGGCGUUUAUUGAAACCAGGAGAAGAGCCGUCUGAGUAUACAGAUGAAGAAGACGCCCGAGACCACUCAAAGCAGGAAUGAACAUUUUCACAACCAAAGUCGGGGUCCUUUCAAAAACUGCGACCUGUAACUCCCCCCC